UUAUAGAUUGUAGAUGCAAUAAAAACAAUUGCAAUAAUAUACAUCUAUAUUUAUAUAUUUAUAUGUAUACAUAAGUUUGAUGUAUAGAUUUUAGAUAUAUAAAAGUGUUACGUGAAUUAAAUUUUCACAAUACUUUGUCCUUAUUAUUUAUUCAAGUUUAUAAAUUUACAUACAUAUAUAAUGGCUUGUUAUUUUUAUUUAUUGAAGAGACUGAAUAAAUGUUUUACUAUUAAAUUUUGUAUUCCAAAGGAAAAAUCUACAAGUAUUUAUAGAGAGUACAAAAGUCACGUAGUUAAAAAUGAUGAAAGUAAUGAAAAUUUUGACAGUUGUAGUCCACGAGAAAUAUUAAAGAAUAAAAUAGCUAAUAAUGAACUGAUUGAAGAUGAAUAUCAAAUGAAAGUUGUUGAAAAUUUACAAAGAGUUUAUAAUGAAUUAAAAUUAUAUAAACCUGUAAAAAGUUUAUCAUUUUUGAAUAAAUGGUUUACAAAUAAUAAUAAAAUUAAUAAACCACCAAAAGGAUUGUAUAUUUAUGGUGCUGUAGGAGGUGGUAAAACUAUGUUGAUGGAUCUCUUUUACAAUUGCUGUAAGAUUGAGAACAAACAAAGAGUUCACUUUAAUUCUUUUAUGUUGGAUAUUCACGCUAAAAUUCAUCAAGUUAAGCAAACAAUUAAAAGAGAUGUAAGUAAAACAAAGCCUGAGCCUUUUGAUCCUAUACCUCCGGUUGCUCAGAUGAUUACCGAAAACACUUGGUUACUUUGUUUUGAUGAGUUUCAGGUGACUGAUGUAGCAGAUGCAAUGAUUUUAAAACGUCUUUUUACCCAACUUUUUGAUAAUGGAGUAGUUGUUGUAGCAACGAGUAAUCGAUCCCCAGAUGAUUUAUAUAAAAAUGGAUUACAACGAAGUAAUUUUUUACCAUUUAUUAAAGUACUUAAAGAUCAUUGUGCCAUUGAGACAUUGGAGUCGGGUAUAGAUUAUAGAUUAAAAUCAUGUUCAGGAAAAGAUACUAAGUAUUUUAUUAAAGGACAAGAUCCGGAUGAUGCUGUUGAUACUAUUUUUAAAUACUUGUGUUCAAUGGAAAAUGAUAUUGUAAGACCGAAAACUUUGACAUUUAAAGGUCGUAAUGUAACGUUUAAAAAAACUUGUGGUCAAAUAAUUGAUUCAACAUUUCAAGAAUUAUGUGAUAGACCUUUAGGAGCAAGUGAUUAUCUUGAAAUAUCUCAAGCAUUCCAUACAGUAAUUAUAAGAGACGUUCCUCAACUUAAUUUACGACUAAAGUCUCAAGCAAGAAGAUUUAUCACCCUUAUUGAUACUUUAUAUGAUAACAAAAUACGAGUUGUGAUAUCUGCAGCAGCUGCAGCCAAUAAAUUAUUUGUACCUGAAGGUGAUACUGAAUAUACGGAUGAAAAACGAAUGCUAAUGGAUGAUUUGGCAAUAUCUCAUGGUUCGGAUAAUCACAAAUCAAAUAUUUUUACUGGCGAAGAAGAAUUAUUUGCAUUCGAUCGUACAGUAUCCAGGCUUUCGGAAAUGCAAACUAAAGAAUAUUGGGAACAGUGGGAACAGUACAGAUAAUAUUCCGUAAAUAGUAUAUAAUUCAAAUCACAUCAUAGGGAAAAAGUCAAUUUAAUUUAAUUGAUAAUAAAAGUUUAUUCAAAAAAGA